UAACACAUAUCACUUCAAGCUGGAUUAUAAUGCUCUGCAUUCAGACUCCGGACUAGUUUCAGGUCUCCCUCAAAUAUGCAGAAGUCUGGCUUCUUCUAUUGGCCCUAAGGAUGUUGCUGACCUCUGUCUUCCAGCUGCAUUCUCUGUCUAUCAGAUCUCACAACAUACUAUGAACCACAGUUACCAAAAUAUGCCACACUUGGCACAAAAUACCCUUUUGUGAUGGAACUCUAUCUGGAAAUGCUGCUGUUUAUUCAGACCGGUUGUAUUCUCCAUCUCUUUGUUACUUAACCACAGGGAUGUAGCAGUGCAAAGACUGCUCAUCUUUCAUUAAGAGUCUUGAGGUGGCUUUGAUAUAAUGAUAUAACACUGUAUUAAAUGGCAGCUAUGUUUUUUGGAUGAAGCCAGGCGUACCAUGUGUUCCAAAGGGCCCAUUAAAGUAGCAGUAGCAGCAGCUUCUUUUUCCUUCCAGCUACAAAACCAGAUUUAUGGCCACUGGCCAGACCUCCCUCACCAUGACCAGCAGUGUCCCAGCCACGACAGAGACCUACACACGGACUCAGUACUGCAGGUGGCCCUGCGAGUGCCCCAAGUCCCCUCCGCGGUGCGCGCUCGGCGUCAGCCUGGUCACGGACGGCUGUGACUGCUGCAAGACGUGUGCCAGGCAGCGAGGGGAGAGCUGCACAGAGGCUGACACCUGUGACUUCCACAGGGGCUUGUACUGUGACUACAGUGGAGACAGACCUAGGUACGAAAUAGGAGUAUGUGCACAGAUUGUUGGUGUAGGAUGUGUCCUCAAUGGAGUCAGGUACAAGAACGGGGAGACAUUUCAGCCCAACUGCAAAUACAACUGCACGUGCAUUAAUGGGGCUGUGGGCUGUGUGCCCAUGUGCACAAACUCACGUCCUCCACUUGUCUGGUGCCCAAACCCAAAACUGAUUAAGAUGGCAGGGAAGUGCUGCGAGCAGUGGGUUUGUGAUGACUCCAGGAAAAUCAGGAAGACAUCUCCGCGCCACAUCUCCUCUGCAGCAUACGAGGGAGAGGAUGAAGCCUGGCAGAAGAACUGCAUUGUGCACACCUCACCCUGGAGUCCCUGCUCAAAGACCUGUGGGCUGGGCAUCUCCACCAGGAUUUCCAAUGACAACGACCAGUGCCGGCUCCUGAAGGAAAGCCGCCUGUGCAACAUGAGGCCCUGUGAGGUGGAUAUAACCCAGCACAUCAAGCCUGGGAAGAAGUGCUUGGCUGUCUACAGGGCGAAUGAACCCAUGAACUACACCAUCUCUGGAUGUGUGAGCAAAAGUCCAUACAGGCCCAAAUACUGCGGCGUCUGCACAGACAACAGGUGCUGCACACCCUACAAGUCCAAGACUAUUGAAGUGAGGUUUCAGUGCCCAGAUGGAACUGAGUUUUCCUGGAAAAUUAUGUGGAUCAAUGCUUGUUUUUGCAACCUGAACUGCAGGAACCCCAAUGACAUCUUUGCUGACUUGGCUCAUUACUAUGAUUACUCUGAAAUCGCUAAUUAAAUUGGCUGAAUGCUGGAAUUGACCCUUUGCUCUGAUUUUACAGAGGUUUUAAAAUAAAAGGAGAAUCUUCA